AAUAUAUUAAUCAAAAAUACCCAAUAAAUGGAACGUGUAAUAGAAAAUCUGAUCCAGAAAACAGGGGCAAAAGACGCGAACAAAUAACCCAAUUAGAUCUUAGUAAAGGAAAAACCGGCGGCGAAAACUUAUUUAAUAAAGAACCCAAAAACCUAAUUGGUGACUUAAAAUUAGAAGGAUUUACUAAUUUGAGAAUUUUUAAAAUCACCUCUCAUCAAUUGAUUAGUUUGGAUGUUAGCGCGUGUAGAAAUUUAGAAGAAUUAUACUGUCAUGAAAAUGAACUUACUAAAUUAAAUAUAAACGGUUGCUCUAACCUCAAAAUAAUCAAUUGUACCAAUAAUUCUCGUUUAAACGAAAUAAAUAUAAAAAAUUGCCCAAGCCUUGAUAGGAAACAAUCGAAGACAGAUCUUAUAUAUAAUAAUAGGACUGGCAAAUUAGUGAAAAGGUUACAAAAACAAAAGAGUUCUCCAAAUUUUAGACAUCAAGAAAGAAAUGCCAACGGUAAUCAAGGAAGAAAUGCCAACGGUAAUCAAGAAAGAAAUGCCAACGGUAAUCAAGAAGGAAAUGCCAGCAAAGGAAUUGUAAAAGAUUUAUAUACAAAAAGGAACAAACUAAGAAAAUUGCAAAUUGAAUUGUCUCUGAAGCUUAAAGAUAAUUUAGCAAAUGUCUUAACUAAAUAUUUGUUUAAAAGCCAUAGAAUGAUCGUAGAAGGCAAAGAUUUUAACGGUUAUCAUGCCAAAAACUUAACCGAUUUAAGAAAUGGGUUAGGAUCAGAUAUAGAAGGUCAUAAAAUACUUGAUCAAAUACUGUCUGUGCAAAAGGAAAUAAUUGAUCUGGAAAAAGAAUUAGGACCUACGAUGACAUCACAA